AUGGACUUGGGCGACAUGAACAACGUGGAUGAGGGCUAUGAAGAUCCGGAAGAGCAGGGCACUGACGAGAAUCCCUACGACAUUGAUGCCAUGAAGGAGAACAUGCAGCCAGCUGAAGAACCUGAACAGGAAGACACCGAGAAUUCUACCGAGGAUGAGCAAGGCGACCCCCAGAGUGAUGGCAGCGACUCCGAGGAAGAUGUCGCAGGCAUUGAAAGCAAGCCAGGCCAGGAGGAUGAAGACAACGGCCAAGAAGAAACUGGCGAAGAGGAGAGAAAGAAGAACCAGAGACGCAGACUCCUGGCGGAGUCGAGGAAGAGGCGCAACUAA